UUGGCCGCUGCGCCUCCUCCCGAGGCAUGCUGGGAGCCUGGAGGACUAGCGAGGAGGAGUUGAGAGAACGGAGCGGACGCCAUGGCGACCAACAUCGAGCAGAUUUUUAGGUCUUUCGUGGUCAGUAAAUUCCGGGAAAUUCAACAGGAACUUUCAAGUGGAAGGAGUGAAGGCCAGCUCAAUGGUGAAACAAAUACACCUAUUGAAGGAAACCAGGCAGGUGAUGCAGCUGCCUCUGCCAGGACCCUACCAAAUGAAGAAAUAGUUCAGAAGAUAGAGGAAGUACUUUCUGGGGUCUUAGAUACAGAACUGCGAUAUAAGCCAGACUUGAAGGAGGCCUCCAGAAAAAGUAGAUGUGUGUCUGUACAAACAGAUCCUACUGAUGAAAUUCCUACCAAAAAGUCGAAGAAGCAUAAAAAGCACAAAAAUAAAAAGAAGAAAAAGAAGAAAGAAAAAGAAAAAAAGUAUAAAAAACAGCCGGAAGAAUCUGAAUCAAAGAUGAAAUCACAUCAUGAUGGGAACAUAGAUUUAGAAUCGGAUUCCUUUUUGAAGUUCGAUUCUGAACCUUCAGCGAUGGCACUGGAGCAUCCUUUAAGAGUGUUUGGCAACAGUGAAUCUCCUGCAGUUGUGCUAGAAUCUCCUAUAGUAUCAAUGGAGGUAUCAGAGCCACACACCCUAGAAACUCUGAAACCAGCUACAAAAACUGCAGAACUGUCAGUUGCAUCUACAUCAGUAGUCUCGGUGCAGUCAGAGCAGUCUGUGGAAGUAAUGCUGGAACCAUCCACAACAAAGAUCCUGGAUUCCUUUGCAACAGCACCAGUGUCUACUACAACAGUAGUCCUAAAGUCAUCUGAGCCAGUUGUAACAAUGUCAGUGGAGUAUCAGAUGAAGUCUGUGCUGAACACACCUCCAGAACCAUCAAAGAUGUUGUUAGAGCCUCCAGUAGCAAAAGUGCUAGAGCCAUCAGAAACCCUUGUAUCAUCAGAGACACCUACCGAGGUGCAUCCUGAGCCAAGCACAUCAACCACAGUAGAUUUUCCAGAGUCAUCAGCGACUGAAGUGCUAAGAUUGCCAGAGCAGCCUGUAGAAGUACCCUCGGAGAAUGCAGAUUCAUCCAUGACAAGACCACAGGAGAUGCUGGAGCUGCCCAAGACCACAGCGUUGGAGCUGCAGGAGUCGUCGGUGGCCUCAGCGACGGAGUUGCCGGGGCCACCUGCGACCUCCAUGCCGGAGUUGCAGGGGCCCCCUGUGACUCCAGUGCUGGAGUUACCCGGGCCCUCUGCUACCCCGGUGUCGGAGUUGCCAGGGCCCCUUUCUACCCCAGUGCCUGAGUUGCUAGGGCCCCCUGCGACAGCAGUGCCUGAGUUGCCCGGGCCCUCUGUGACAUCAGUGCCACAGUUGUCGCAGGAAUUGCCAGGGCUUCCAGCACCAUCUGUGGGGUUGGAGCCACCACAGGAGGUACCAGAGCCACCUGUGAUGGCACAGGAGUUGCCAGGCCUCCCUGCAGUGACAGCUGCAGUAGAGUUGCCAGGGCAACCUGUGGUAACAGUAGCAAUGGAGUUGACCGAACAACCUGUGACGACAACAGAGUUGGAGCACCCUGUGGGGAUGACAACGGUGGAACAUCCUGGGCAACCUGAGGUGACGACGGCAACAGGGUUGCUGGGGCAGCCUGAGGCAGCAAUGGUGCUGGAGUUUCCAGGACAGCCAGUGGCAACAACAGCGCUGGAGUUGCCAGGGCAGCCUUCGGUGACUGGGGUGCCAGAGUUGCCAGGGCUGCCUUCGGCAACUAGGGCACUGGAGUUGUCAGGGCAGCCUGUGGCGACUGGGGCACUGGAGUUGCCUGGGCAGCUCAUGGCAACUGGGGCACUGGAGUUCUCGGGGCAAUCUGGGGCAGCUGGAGCACUGGAGCUUUUGGGGCAGCCUUUGGCAACAGGGGUGCUUGAGUUGCCAGGGCAGCCUGGGGCGCCAGAGUUGCCCGGGCAGCCUGUGGCAACUGUGGCGCUGGAGAUCUCUGUUCAGUCUGUGGUGACAACAACGGAGCUGUCAACGAUGACCGUGUCGCAGUCCCUGGAGGUGCCCUCGACGACAGCGCUGGAGUCCUAUAAUACGGUAGCACAGGAGCUGCCUACUACAUUAGUGGGGGAGACUUCUGUAACAGUAGGAGUGGAUCCCCUGAUGGCCCAAGAAUCCCAUAUGUUAGCUUCUAACACCAUGGAGACCCAUAUGUUAGCAUCCAACACCAUGGACUCCCAGAUGCUAGCUUCCAACACCAUGGACUCCCAGAUGCUAGCAUCCAACACCAUGGACUCCCAGAUGUUAGCCUCUAGCACCAUGGACUCCCAGAUGUUAGCGACCAGCUCCAUGGACUCCCAGAUGUUAGCGACCAGCUCCAUGGACUCCCAGAUGUUAGCGACCAGCUCCAUGGACUCCCAGAUGUUAGCGACCAGCUCCAUGGACUCCCAGAUGUUAGCGACCAGCUCCAUGGACUCCCAGAUGUUAGCGACCAGCUCCAUGGACUCCCAGAUGUUAGCGACCAGCUCCAUGGACUCCCAGAUGUUAGCGACCAGCACUAUGGACUCCCAGAUGUUAGCGACCAGCUCCAUGGACUCCCAGAUGUUAGCGACUAGCUCUAUGGAUUCCCAGAUGUUAGCAUCUGGCACUAUGGACUCUCAGAUGUUAGCUUCCGGCACCAUGGAUGCUCAAAUGUUAGCGUCUGGUACCAUGGAUGCCCAGAUGUUAGCAUCUAGUACCCAAGAUUCUGCUAUGCUGGGUUCAAAAUCUCCUGAUCCCUACAGGUUAGCUCAGGAUCCUUACAGGUUAGCUCAGGAUCCCUAUAGGUUAGGUCAUGACCCUUAUAGGCUAGGUCAUGAUGCCUACAGGUUAGGGCAGGACCCUUAUAGAUUAGGCCAUGAUCCCUACAGACUAACUCCUGAUCCCUAUAGGAUGUCACCUAGACCCUAUAGGAUAGCACCCAGGUCCUAUAGAAUAGCCCCCAGGCCAUAUAGGUUAGCACCUAGACCCCUGAUGUUAGCAUCUAGACGUUCUAUGAUGAUGUCCUAUGCUGCAGAACGUUCCAUGAUGUCAUCUUACGAACGCUCUAUGAUGUCCUAUGAACGAUCUAUGAUGUCCCCUAUGGCUGAGCGCUCUAUGAUGUCAGCCUAUGAGCGCUCUAUGAUGUCAGCUUAUGAGCGCUCUAUGAUGUCCCCUAUGGCUGAGCGUUCUAUGAUGUCAGCUUAUGAACGCUCUAUGAUGUCAGCUUACGAGCGCUCCAUGAUGUCCCCAAUGGCUGACCGAUCUAUGAUGUCCAUGGGUGCUGACCGGUCUAUGAUGUCGUCAUACUCUGCUGCUGACCGGUCUAUGAUGUCAUCGUACUCUGCAGCUGACCGGUCUAUGAUGUCAUCUUAUACUGCUGAUCGUUCAAUGAUGUCUAUGGCAGCUGAUUCUUACACCGAUUCUUAUACUGAUACAUAUACGGAGGCAUACAUGGUGCCACCUUUGCCUCCUGAAGAGCCUCCGACAAUGCCACCAUUGCCACCUGAAGAGCCACCAAUGACACCACCAUUGCCUCCUGAGGAACCACCAGAAGGUUCAGCAUUACCCACUGAGCAGUCAGCAUUGGCAGCUGAAAAUACUUGGCCUAUCGAGGUGCCAGCAUUACCUCCUGAAGAGUCUGUAUCGCUGCCUGAACCUCCUGUGAGUCAAAGUGAGGUUUCAGAGCCUUCGGCAGUGCCUGCUAAUUACUCAGUGUCAGCAUCGGAGCCUUCAGCGUUAGCAUCAGAGGCUGCUGUGACUGUUCCAGAACCACCACUAGAACCAGAGUCUUCGGUUACAUCAACACCUGUAGAGUCUGCUGCUGUAGUAGAGCAUGAAAUUGUUCCAGAGAGACCAGUGACUUAUAUGGUGUCUGAAACUCCCAUGAUGUCAGCUGAACCGACUAUGUUAACUUCAGAGUCAGAGACAGCAGAAACUUUUGAUUCCAUGAGAGCUUCAGGACAUGCUGACUCAGAGAUAUCUGUGUCCCUGCUGGAGCCAGCAGUACCUAUUCCAGAGCCAUCACAGAGCACUCUAGGUCUCCCAGCUAUGGCUGUCUCAGAGCUGCCAGCUGUGGCUGUCCCUGAGCAAUCAGCUGGGACUGUUGCAGAGCCACCAGCCAUGGCUGUCACAGAGCCCCUGGCUGUGGCUGCCCCAGACCCACCUGCUGUGGCUGUCCAGGACCCACCAGCUGAGGCUGUCCCAGAGCCCCUGGCCUUGUCUGAGCCAGAGCAUGUUACCAUUCCUGUGCCAGUUGUUUCUGCCCUGGAGCCUACUGUGCCUAUCCUGGAACCAGCGGUGUCCGUCCUUCAACCUAACUUGAUCGUUUCAGAACCAUCUAUUUCUGUCCAAGACCCCACUGUGACAAUUUCAGAGCCUCCUGUCACUGUUUCAGAGCAGACACAAGUAAUACCAACUGAGAUGGUUUUAGAGUCUACACCAGUAAUCCUGGAGUCUAGUGCUACGAAAGGAAUGAAUUUACUAUCUGGUGAUCAAAAUCUUGCUCCAGAGAUGGGCAUGCAGGAGAUUCCCAUGCAUUCAGAGGAAGAGCCACAUGCCGAAGGACACCUGAAGAAUGACUGUUAUGAAACUGAAAAUGGUAUGAGUACAGACCUUAAUAUAAAUAAUCACUUAAUUGCUAAAGAGAUGGAACAUAACACAGUGUCCGCUGCCAGCAUUGGUGCUGUUGGUGAAAUGGGUGAAGAGAAAAUUUUGCCCACCCAUGAGACUAAACAAUGCACAGUAUUGGAUACCUGCUCUAGUGUUAGUGAAACUGAUGUAGGAGGAACUCUGUCUUCUACUGGUCCCCUUGCUCUUGAACCUGAUGCAGUGGGAGCUGGUAAGGGUAUUGAAUUUGCCACAGCAUCUGCUCUCAGUUCAAUUAGUAAAUAUGAUGUUGAAGGAGCUUUAACUACUCAAGAUACUGAACAUGAUAUGGUAAUUUCUACCAGCCCCAGUGGUGGUAGUGAAGCUGACAUAGAGGGACCUUUGCUUGCUAAAGACAUUCAUCUUGACUUAUCAUCUAAUAGUAACUUUAUUAGUAAGGAUGCAGAGGAAUCAUUACCUAUACAGGAAAGUGACCAGACAUUAGCAGUUGCUCUUAGUCCUAAAGAAACUAGUGGAGAAGAUAAAGAAGUACCUCUCCCUGCUACAGAGGCAGUGUCUGAUACAGGAUUUCCUGCCAAUAUUGACGACAUUAAUGAAGCUGAUUUAGUGCGACCAUUACUUCCUAAGGACAUGGAACGUCUUACCAGCCUUAGAGCUGGUAUUGAAGGACCUUUACUUUCAAGUGAAGUUGAGCGGGAUAAAUCUGCUGCCAGUCCAGUUGUAAUUAGCAUACCAGAAAGAGCCUCAGAGUCGUCUUCAGAGGAAAAAGAUGAUUAUGAAAUUUUUGUAAAAGUUAAGGACACACAUGAAAAAAGCAAGAAAAAUAAGAACCGAGACAAAGGCGAGAAAGAGAAGAAAAGAGACUCUUCAUUAAGAUCUCGAAGUAAGCGUUCCAAGUCUUCUGAACACAAAUCACGAAAGCGCACCAGUGAAUCUCGUUCUAGGGCAAGGAAGAGAUCAUCUAAGUCCAAGUCUCAUCGCUCUCAAACUCGUUCACGGUCCCGAUCAAGACGACGGAGGAGGAGCAGCAGGUCAAGGUCAAAGUCCAGAGGAAGGCGCUCUGUGUCAAAAGAGAAGCGCAAAAGAUCUCCAAAGCACAGGUCCAAGUCCAGGGAAAGAAAAAGAAAAAGAUCAAGCUCCAGGGAUAAUCGGAAAACAGGUAGAGCUCGAAGUCGCACCCCAAGUCGACGGAGCCGGAGUCACACUCCGAGUCGUCGAAGAAGAUCUAGAUCUGGGGGAAGAAGGAGCUUUAGCAUUUCCCCGAGCCGACGGAGCCGUACCCCCAGCCGACGGAGCCGUACCCCCAGCCGACGGAGCCGCACCCCCAGCCGACGGAGCCGCACUCCCAGCCGUCGGAGCCGCACCCCAAGUCGACGGAGCCGCACCCCUAGCCGUCGGAGAAGAUCAAGGUCUGUGGUAAGAAGACGAAGCUUCAGUAUAUCACCAGUCAGAUUAAGGCGAUCACGAACACCUUUGAGAAGAAGGUUUAGCAGAUCUCCCAUCCGUCGUAAACGAUCCAGGUCUUCUGAAAGAGGCAGAUCACCUAAACGCCUGACAGAUUUGAAUAAGGCUCAGUUACUUGAAAUAGCCAAAGCUAAUGCAGCUGCCAUGUGUGCUAAGGCUGGUGUUCCUUUACCGCCAAACUUAAAGCCUGCACCUCCACCUACAAUAGAAGAAAAAGUUGCUAAAAAGUCAGGAGGAGCAACUAUAGAAGAACUAACUGAGAAAUGCAAACAGAUCGCACAGAGUAAAGAAGAUGAUGAUGUGAUAGUGAAUAAGCCUCAUGUUUCGGAUGAAGAGGAAGAAGAACCUCCUUUUUAUCAUCAUCCCUUUAAACUCAGUGAACCCAAACCUAUUUUUUUCAAUCUUAAUAUUGCAGCGGCAAAGCCAACUCCACCAAAAAGCCAGGUAACAUUAACAAAAGAAUUCCCUGUGUCAUCUGGAUCUCAGCAUCGAAAAAAGGAAGCAGAUAGUGUUUAUGGAGAAUGGGUUCCUGUAGAGAAAAACGGUGAAGAAAACAAAGAUGAUGAUAAUGUUUUCAGCAGCAGUUUGCCCUCUGAGGGCCGGGUUAAACGGCAGGGCCGGGUUAGACGACAGAUGAAACAACCCGCAGCUUCUCAUUUGACAGUAACUCGAUGCAAUUCACUUUGUGGAACCAAGCCACAAAGUGAAAAGCAUCGAAUUGCAGAGAACAGUGUUAUCACAUCCCUACCCAACAUUGGGCCCUCCUUGCACUUGUGGGAAGGUAGCCCAAGGUACAACUAUUUAGCUUCCCGUUUUGCUUCAAGGCUCUAUAGCUCUAGAUUUUGGUGGUAGCAAAUUAAUUGGGUGGAGGGAUUGAGCAGAGAGAGGCAGAUCCUCAGGUUCAACACAAGAACUGGAUUGAAAAAGGUCAUUGUAGGCUGAUGUGAGCAUCUUGGAUACAUAGCCAACUGCCCUAAAAUAAUGGUUUCUUGCUAUUUCUCUGGGUUGUUUGUCAGAUAGCCUUUAAUUUUAAUCAUUUUCCCCUCCCUGUGCUACCUUGGCCCCAUUUGGAUUCUUGUGUUUAACCUAAUGCUCAGCCUUGGUAUUCCAUUUCCCUUCUUCCCCUUUUUGCUACUAUUAAAAGUUGGAGAAGUGGAAUUCACACCUUGAAAUUUCCAGGAGGCUAUAGUUGUAUCUUGUCAAAAUGACGCAGUAAUAAUGCCAAGUGUCAAAACAGCCCCAUUAAAAUGCCGCCUUUUUAAAUAAUGUGCUGCUAAAUAUAGUGCACAUGAAAACAGCAAGACUGUAUAUAUAUGUAAAUAUAUAUAUAUAUAUAUCUGUAUCUUUGUAUGUAUCUCUGUAUCUGUACCUUUGCUGUAUCUUUUAAUAAACAGUUUACUUUUAUUUAACUUGUUGUGCAAAAUCACGCUUGGGGGAUCUGGGAGGGUGGAGACUUACUAGGGGGGUGGGAGUUUUAAAUGAUACCAUAGACUAGUCAUCACCUUUUACCCAUGGUUUCUGAAGUCCAGACAUUUGGAUAUCUGACGCCCUUACAAUGUGGGAGUUCUUCCCCAGUUCUUUCCUUGCCGUUCUGGGAUAUGUAGGUCAGAGAGACCUGUACCCUUCACCUUCAGGUUUCCCUUUAUUGGCCAUAUCAUCACCGCCCAGUAAACACCUCCGGUACUAAAACUAAGCAAAUCCUGUUUUAUAAAAUCAAAAGUGAACAGAACCCAAAUCAGAAACUUUGAUAGUAUUUUUUUUUCCCCUGAGCUGUUCACAGGCUACAUCUUCACAGUGUUGUUUUUUUGUUUUUUUUAAACUUGAAAAGCAAGAUCUAUACAAUCAAGCUGGACAUAACUAGCCAAUGCAACUUACAAUAACUAUUGAUGAUCUAUAUUUAUAUGGAUUCAACAGUUGAAGCAAGUUAUACUUUCACCAGCUGGGGGAGAGAGAGCUUGUUUGGAGAAUAUUUUAGUGAAGCUAGUUGAGUAGCUCAAUUGCUAAUUCCCAGAUUAGGCUACCUGUGUGUCUCAAAAGGGAAAGGUUAACUGACAGUUUGCAGUUGACUUAAAUCUUGUAGUAGGUGAAUAAAAACCAUGAUAAGAGGGGCGGAACAGACUUAGAAAUUCUGAUACAUAUGCUUUUUUAGUAAUUUCUUGAAGAUUAAGUAUUUAACAAGAGUUGGGGAAAACAUAGGGGAAUUAUUCAUGUGAGAAAUUUUCCAGUGGAGUGAAAUCCUAUAAAUAUGAAUAAUUCCCAGGGAUUUUCCUGAGAAGAUAAGUGACCAUAACUAUUUUAACCUCAGUUGAACAUGGGGAAAGUGCUUGGUGAAUGAAUCCUGGUAAUAGCUUCAUUUUGGUUGAGGGUAAAUAAAUAUAUAUAUUUCAGUCUUCAGCCAUUUUCAGUCUUAACACUGAAAUUGUGGUGCCUUACAUUGUCUGUCAUUAAUAGUGGUUGUCAGAUUCUAAUGAAAACUUGAGAGGAAUUAUUCCAAAGAGAUCUCAGGGGAGAGUAGUAAUUAAGUAGCUUUUUAUUAAAGCAGAAGGGAAAAAUUUCUUUCCAUGAAGCACAUUUCUCCCGUGAGUAGGAUAGAUACAACUAGUUGAUAUCACAACUCUAAGCUAGCUUUUUAGAAGAUUAGACUCAAAAAAUAUGUAUGUUAACUUUCACUUCAAGGAAAACAAUCCCAAAAUUUUAGGAAGAAAAGGGACAGAAGUUUGCUUUUGCUUUCAGGUCUCUGUAUUACCACCUAGCAGUAAUAGCGAACACUAGAGGAAAUGUUCCCAAUGUAGAACGUUUAGUUCCAGUCCUUUAGCUGUAUCUUACAAAUAAUUGUAAGAUUAAUGUUCUGGGUACUGUGGUGACAUUUUAUGGGAGCAUUGAUUUCUUUUGAUUCCCUAUCAGGGGUUGAAAUAAAGACUUGGAAGAGUAAAAGGAAAGUUCUUCUAAAUAUCAAUAUUUUAAGCAAAUAUUUAAAUUUUUUUAAAUUUGUCAGUCUUUUUCAUUUUAAUAAAUAUAAAUUGAAUUUGUGGGUCUUCAAUUUUGAGCAUAAAACAGUUAGGCAAAUUUACUGAUUUGAUCUCAGCUUUGAUCCCACCAAUUGUUUUGCACAUGAGUGCUCUUUGACAUAAGUUUGAGAGGCUAGACGUGGAUGGAUCAACAUAAAUCCCUAUCUUAUGGAAUGUCAACUCAUCAGACUGUGUGCCCUUCUGCUAUAGCAUCAUCUUCCUACCCAGAAGCCAACCAGCAUCAUCUUCAGUAAGGGGUAACUGCAGAACUUUGGCCAUAUUUGUGUGAAUUUGAUUUAUAAACAGUGAAAUCAAAAAUGUUGGAAACAGUUAAAAAAUUAUCCUUGGGGGCAUUAAUUCUCGGUAAUAAGUUUAGCAGAAGCUUAUUGGGCAGAAGAUACAUAUACAAUCUCUGACAAAAAAAUGUCCUUGGGUUUACUAUCAUAAAUGUCCAGAGGUAGGUUGCCAUUAAGGUCUGGUGAUUGCUUACGUAUUAGGGGCAGUUUUUGUCUCUGGCAGCUGUGCUUUAUUUGUUAUUACUGAAGAAUUAUUUCCACAUUCCAAUGGAGCUAUAAUUCCCUAACAUUUGGAAGCUUCUAAAUUUUUAAACUUUAGGAAAGCUGAGUUCUCGAGGUAAGAUAAAAAAUUUAAAUGAAAAUGAAACUUAGGUCCUGGCAGUGCUAGAAUGUGUUCAGUACAGCCUUCCUUAUUCAGUCUUAAUCUCCUUAGAUUCCCGUGGGUGAUUAACAUGGAAUUUUGUUGAGCCAUUUAAUGGGUUAUUUAUUUCUUGCUACAAUUCAUGUAAAUUAAAUGUGUAAGUUAAGAGUUGCACUAGAGAAUUAUAUGUGAAAUAUUAAAAAGAUUCAUAAUUCACUUUUUAAAACCAAUCAAGCCACCUAACGACUGAGGCAUUUAGUGUGUUUUUUGUUUAUAUAGUUGUCAUUUUCUAAAUGAACCUCUUUGUAUUUUAUUGGUUUUUGCGAAAUAUUUUUAAGACAUGUUUUAAAUGCAGGUGUCAGGUGCUUUUUCUUUCUUGCGUUUGUUUACAAUUAGUUUUCCUUUAAUACCAUCUUUUAAUUUGAGAUACCUGCAAUUACCGAUGUAGAAAAUAAUUUGCCUAUUAUAGGGAUUAUUUUCCUUACCUAACUAAUCACCUUCUAAUAACACAUUUCAGUUCUUCUAUACAUUUUCAUUGACUUUGUAAGAAAUACUGAAAGUAAUUGUUCCAUUUAUAUAAACAGUCGGGUUAACAAAGGGGAAGUAAAUUGAUUUAGAAGGAUUUUUUUUUUUAAUGAGGAUGAUAAAGAAGGUACACAAUUACAACUUAGGCCAUAAAAUGCGUGUUACAUGGUGUCAGUUACAUUAUGUAUUUCAUUACUCCUGACAACUUUUUAGGUUAUGGAAGUAGUAAUCUUCUGUGUUCUUGAAAUAGGUGAAAUAAUUUGGGCAGAUUUUUAUUAAUGUGAAAACUGAAAUUAUAAGUUAAGAUACUCUUUUUAUGUGGAUUUCACCUCUUAGAACAAGUCCUAGGGAAAAGGAAAUUAAAUAUUUCCCCCAUCAUAAUACCUAGAAUAUUACUACACAUUAGAUAGAAAGUCUGUCAUGUAUUAAUGGAAACAAAUAAGGCUUGUUGAUGAUAGCCUGAUAAUAACAGUAAAAGAUUUAAGGUUAUUUUUUCCCUAGUUCUUAGCCUUCUAAAACUUUUAGCAUCGUUUUGGUAUCUUUUGCACAUUACUGGUUUUGAGCAACAUUAAAAGAUAAUUAAGACUAAAGCUCUGCUGUAUAGUGUAGUCCUAUAUGCUGUAUACACACAAAAAAACCCAUUAUAUAAUCCAGUAUAGUAGUCAUUAAGUGAUUUACUGAAAAAUCAGUUCUUCAAUUGCAUUAGCUGCAUUUCAAGGGCACAUUAGGUAUCACUGUAGAAAAUUCUACUGGACAGUGCUGUUCUAAAGGGUAGCUGUGAUAUUUUAUGAGUGUUUUAAUACUGGUUCAUAACAUUUGGUCUCUGGAUAUUAAUGCUUUGGGGAUUAUAGUUGGCUUUUUAUUGCAUAUCCUGAGUUAACUUAAAAACUGGAAACAUGCUUUUUGAUAAACUCUUAAGGAGUCUUAAGAGAUUAAGAUAAUCAUGAUUGAUUUUAUUUCGAGACUAUUCACAUUAAAAAGAGCGAAUAUGAAAUUAACAGUCAAAUUACUAUUUGGUAAUAAAAUUUGGAAAUGAACUUGUAGCUCACUUGGUAAGACUGUUGAAAAAAAUGGAAGUUGUAUUGCCUCAGGAAAAAACUACUUGUAAUUUUAUCUAAAAUAAAUUUAUACUAAAUGUCAUUGUUGCUCUAUUAAAUAAAUAUCAUUUAAAUAAAUAAAAAUUCCUUUCAAAGUGAGAUGUGAAUUUAACAUACAAUAUUACUGAGACUUGAAUGAAGUUUUCCCCCGAGGAUAAAUGAUAACGUAUUUAGAUUACCCCCUUAAUAAAGGUUUAAAGAGAAAAAUGUAUGAUGAUAUAAAGUGUUUUCAGCAGGAUGAAUUUACAGAUAGGUAUGUUAAUCUGCUUUUCAGUUGGGAAGAAGUAAUUUUAUUCUAGAGAAGUGGGAGUUUUCAGCGCCAUCCUAACUACAUUUUUAUGGCUAGUUUAUAGUCGGAAAUUGGGGUAUCAGAGCUCGGGGUGGUGGGUAAGUACAUUUUCCCUAGUGUCUACUCUAAGUCUCCACUUCUUAGGGUAAAAACCUAUUAUUUAUACUUAAAUACCCUACCUAACAUGUAGAUUGUAGACAAGUAUGAAACCCAAAGUAAUUCUGGCAAAGUUAAUGGACUGUACUUGGGAUAUAUUUGGUGGGUGUUCAAAAAUGACAUCAAAGACCAUACCUGAUAGUUUUAGGAAAUAGACGAUAGGCACAAGAAAUGUAAAUUUUGACCUAAAAGUUCCUAUUUAAAGUCCCAGCAGGUGAUCAGAAUUAUAAUAGAAGUGAAAAGUGAACCAACUAAGUUUCGUAGUGUUUCUGUCUGGUUCAUAUAAGCCCCCAAAAUAGUCUAAUUAGUGUGGAUGAUAUACUAAGUUGACUAAAAAAUUAAACUCUUUCAUUAACGAGGUCUGUAGGCAGUCUAAUAAAUACAGAAUGCAGUUUAAUUUAGCUUUU